CUCCCCACCUCUUCCUUUGCCUUCCCACCUGCUCUUUCUCUCUUCUCCUCUUUCCCUUUCUCCCCCCUUCUACUCCUCAGAUCCCCCUUAGCUUCUCAUGGCAUAUCUUCCCUUUCCUCUCUCCCUUUCUCUCCAACGCAAGAGAAAAAGUUAGAGAUCAGGAAGAAAGCCGCAUGCACUAGUUAGAGCGUACUAUUACUAACAUAUACACCUUCUUGUACUUUCUAUUCUUCUUCUUCACCAUCAUCAUCUUCGUCGUCGUCGUCAUGGGAAGAAGUAAUUCCUUGAAGUUGACUACUGCUCGUGCAUCUCUCUCCUUUUUGAGGUUUCUUGUUUGAAAGAGAAGGAGAGAGAGGGAGGGGGGAUGAAUUAGGGUUUGGUCGAGAGAAAUAUGCCUGUGGGAAUCAUGAUACCAGCGAGACAAGCAGCAGCUUCCAUGAUGGGGAGGAACGCAGGCACUAGCUUUGGCUCCUCCUCAGUCUUGUCCCUCAGCCAGCCGAAUUUGUUAGAAGGGGAACUGCAGAUCCCGCCGCUGCAGUACCAGCACGGGAACCAGUUCGUGGAUAUGGCGCCAACGACGAUGACGGGGGAGAGCGAGAUGGCGCGGGCGGAGGCCGACUUCGAGAGCAAAUCCGGCGGCAGCGAGAACAUAGAGGGCGCCUCCGGCGACGACCAGGAUCAGAACACGCGGCCCCGCAAGAAACGCUACCACCGACACACUCAGCAUCAGAUCCAAGAGAUGGAAGCAUUCUUCAAGGAAUGCCCUCACCCAGAUGACAAGCAGAGAAAGGAGCUGAGUAGAGAGCUUGGGCUCGAGCCUCUCCAAGUCAAGUUCUGGUUCCAGAACAAGCGCACUCAAAUGAAGAAUCAACAUGAGCGGCAUGAGAACAGCGGGCUGCGUGCGGAGAAUGAAAAGCUGCGCGCCGAGAACAUGAGGUACAAGGAGGCCCUCAGCAACGCCUCCUGCCCUAACUGCGGUGGCCCAGCCGCCCUCGGCGAGAUGUCCUUCGACGAACACCACCUCCGCAUCGAAAACGCUCGUCUUCAUGAAGAAAUUGAUAGGAUAUCGGGGAUCGCCGCCAAGUACGUCGGGAAACCGAUGUCAAUAGGCGCAGCGGCGUCGUAUCCUCUGCUUUCUCCGACGUCGUCACGGUCGCCUUUGGAUCUAGGGUAUGGAGUCGGAGAAGUUUUCGGGGCUGCAGGGGCAGUCGGGGAGCUGCUUCGUAGCGUGCCGGCAGGAGGACAGAGUGAGAUAAUGGAUAAGCCGGUGGUGGUGGAGCUGGCGGUGGCGGCGAUGGAGGAGCUCAUCCGGAUGGCUCAGCUCAACGAGCCGCUGUGGUUGUUUCCGGACGGCAUGAAUUCUUGCGGGGAGGCGCUGAACGAGGAGGAGUAUGCUCAGGUGUUCCCGAGAGGAAUCGGGCCGAAGCCGUUCGGGCUCAAGUCGGAGGCGUCGCGGGAGACGGCUGUGGUGAUCAUGAACCAGAUGAACGUGGUAGAGAUGUUCAUGGAUGUGAACCAAUGGUCAAAUGUGUUUGCGGGGAUUGUGUCGAAGGCUAUGACAAUCGAAGUGCUAUCAACUGGAGUGGCAGGCAAUUACAAUGGAGCUUUGCAAGUGAUGUCAGCCGAGUUCCAAGUCCCUUCUCCACUUGUGCCCACAAGGGAGAGCCUCUUCGUGAGAUACUGCAAGCAGCAUCCUGACGGGACUUGGGCCGUCGUCGACGUUUCCCUGGACAGCCUACGGCCCAGCCCGGUUUCCAGGUGCCGGAGAAGGCCCUCCGGCUGCUUGAUCCAAGAAAUGCCCAACGGCUACUCUAAGGUGACUUGGGUGGAGCACGUGGAGGUGGACGACCGGUCGGUCCAUAACAUUUACAAGCCUCUGGUUAACUCGGGUUUGGCGUUCGGCGCAAAGAGAUGGGUCAGCACUUUGGACCGCCAAUGCGAGCGGCUUGCCAGCGUCAUGGCUAGCAACAUCCCCACUACUGAGAUCGGUGUGAUAACGAGCGCCGGAGGACGGAAGAGCAUGUUGAAGCUGGCGGAGCGGAUGGUGAUGAGCUUCUGCGGCGGCGUGAGCGCGUCGACGACGCACCAGUGGACGACACUGUCGGGGAGCGGGGCGGAGGACGUGCGCGUAAUGACGAGGAAAAGCGUGGACGACCCCGGCAGGCCGCCGGGCAUCGUCCUCAACGCCGCCACCUCCUUCUGGCUCCCCGUCCCUCCCAAACGCGUCUUCGACUUCCUCCGCGACGAAACCACCCGCAGCGAGUGGGAUAUACUCUCCAAUGGCGGAGUUGUUCAGGAAAUGGCUCACAUCGCCAAUGGCCAGGAUCAAGGCAACUGCGUCUCUCUUCUCCGGGUCAAUAGCUCGAACUCGAACCAGAGCAACAUGCUGAUACUGCAGGAAAGCUGCACCGAUGUGACAGGAUCCUACGUCAUUUACGCCCCUGUCGACGUCAUGGCCAUGAACGUCGUCCUCAACGGCGGCGACCCCGAUUACGUGGCCCUCCUCCCCUCUGGCUUCGCCAUCCUGCCCGACGGCCCAGCCUCCGCCGGAGCAGCUGGCGCCGUGGUCGAGGAGGUAGGCUCCGGCGGCUCCCUACUCACCGUCGCCUUCCAGAUCCUCGUCGACUCCACCCCCACCGCCAAGCUCUCCCUCGGCUCCGUCGCCACCGUCAACAGUCUCAUCGCCUGCACCGUCGAACGCAUCAAGGCGUCCGUCGCCGGCGAGAUCAUCCCCCACUAAGACCGUAUUAUGAGAAGGGGUGGUAGCUGGAACGGUGAUUAUAGUGCUUCACCUUUGGGAGUCAAGAACGCACCUCGUGCUUGCCUUGCCGUGUGGUGUCGGAAUUAAGCAACAAAGACGUCGUCCUCGCACCACUAUGCAAGGAGGGUUGGUUCGGGUAUUGACUUUACAUGUCUCAGUUAAUUACUACAUGCGCAUGUGUUUCUAUACCACCUCUGGGUUUUGAAGGAGUUCUACUGCUAGUAGUUAUAAUUAAUAUCUAUCACCAAUUAAUGUUCCUUGUAAUGUUUGCUGUGUCCUUUGCCACCGUGCAACAGACGUCUAUUUAAUUUCCUCGUUGUCUUGGUCAUCACCUUUUGUUGUUAAUUUGGUCGUGUUGGUGAAAUAGCUUGUCUGAGUGAUCA